AUGCUGAAUGAUCACUUCUCUGGUUUAGCACUUCCCAAAGGUCUGGUUCAGGCAACUGGAUGGGUUCACCCUACUGGAACAAGACACCUGUCUACGGUCCCUAGUGACCCUGACACUCAUGAAGACUUUCAUCCAAGUAACAAGACCGAGAAUUCAAAUGCUUCUUUGAAAGAUAUCGUUGAGCAGGAUGUGAGGGAUAAUCCUGUCAUGGUAUACAUGAAAGGUGUGCCUGACUAUCCUCAAUGUGGAUUCAGUGCAUUGGCCAUAAGAGUACUGAGACUUUAUGAGGUUCCAUUAAGUGCUAGAAACAUAAUCGAGAAUCCUGAGCUCAAAGACGCCGUGAAAUCAUUCAGCAACUGGCCAACGUUUCCGCAGGUUUUCGUUAAAGGGGAGUUCAUUGGUGGGUCUGAUAUAGUUCUCAAUCUGCAUCAGAAUGGUGAACUGAAAGAGAUGCUCAAAGACAUUGCAGCUAGCAAGAAGGCUGACUGA